CUCCCUCUCUGGUUUUUUUUUCCCCCUUUCUCCUUUUAUGCCCUCUCUUUUACCGAGAGCUGGGCCAACAGCCAUUCCUCUCUUUUUCUGGCACGUUUGCUGGCUCUGCUCUCACCAACCUCGGGAACCGGGUUAUCCGAUGGGCCGCUUUGAAGGGAAGAACAUCUGACUAUGGGCAAAGAGUCUCCCCGGAUGAAAUCCCGGGGGAGGCGGCUGGUGCAGAAGCCCAGGGAGGAAGCCGGCUUGAUGCUGGAGCCUCAGCUUUCGACAAUGCCGCAUUGACAUUUGGGCAGGAGGGGUCCACCGCCAGCGGCCUCCCUCGUGUGUGGGUCGCUGUGGGGGAGAUGGCCAAGGCAGGUCCGCCAAGAGGGAAGAUGUGGGGCCGAAGAAAUGCG